AUGAGGAGGAGCACAGAGGCUAUGAGAGUCCGAUCGUCGAGAGCUUCAUUGCUCUUGAACAGCUCCUGGACCUCAACAACAAAGCGCCAAUUGACGUGUCCUAAUUGCCAAUUGGCUUCGCGAUCAUUAUUACAACGUUCACCAACUCAUAUAAAUCGUUAUUUGGCGAGGGGGCAGUCAACAUGGGCACAGGCAGUCUCCGUUGCUUCCAAUGUUUUUUCCAAUGCGACGGCUCGAGUCUCAGGCGGUGACAACGUCAGCGUGGAUCCGUUGCGGAUGGUAGCUAAGGAGAUGAAGUUCUUGACCGGCAACAUACGGCAGCUUCUAGGAUCGGGCCAUCCUUCCCUCGACACCGUUGCAAAAUACUACACGCAGGCGGAGGGGAAACACGUUCGGCCUCUCAUUGUGCUUUUGAUGUCUCGAGCCACGGCCCUGGCACCCAAAUCUCCGAGAUACAAUGGCCAAAAAGUCGCAGCCGAUAUCGACAGUCCUAUCUCACCAACGUCAAUACUCUCAGAUUCCAAUCCUUCCUCCCCAAGCUCGAACCCUCUUUCUCCCACCGAAUCCACCUACUCUCCCACAGACAGUGAUAUACUCCCAUCCCAGCGCCGACUUGCCGAGAUCACCGAGCUAAUUCAUACUGCCUCACUCCUGCACGACGAUGUGAUCGACCACUCCGUGUCCCGGCGCGGCUCACCCAGCGCGAACCUCGAAUUUGGGAACAAGAUGGCUGUCUUGGCAGGAGACUUCCUCCUUUCCCGCGCCUCUGUAGCUCUCGCCCGUCUCCGCGAUGCAGAGGUGACCGAGCUGCUCGCGACCGUGAUUGCCAACUUGGUGGAGGGUGAGUUUAUGCAAUUGAAGAACACUGCAAAGGAUGAAAAGAACCCUGUUUGGACGGAGGAUACACUUUCGUAUUACUUGCAAAAGACGUAUCUGAAGUCUGCAAGUCUGAUCUCCAAAUCUUGCCGUGCUGCAGCGUUGCUUGGGGGUGCGGAAACAGGGACCGUGGAGGCGGCCUACGUAUAUGGCAAGAACCUGGGAUUGGCGUUUCAGUUGGUGGAUGAUAUGUUGGACUAUACGAUCAGUGAGGCGGAGCUAGGAAAGCCGGCUGGUGCGGAUCUGGAGUUGGGCCUUGCCACUGCGCCUCUGCUAUUCGCAUGGAAGAAUAAUCAGGAGCUGGGAGCUUUGGUAGGGAGGAAGUUUGCCGGAGAUGGUGAUGUUGCCCGGGCUCGAGAAUUAGUGCUUCAGAGCGAUGGUUUAGAGCAAACCCGUGCUCUGGCGGAAGAAUAUAUCAAUAGAGCGAUUACGGCUAUUGAACCCUUCCCAGAAAGUGAGGCGAAAGAUGGUCUGGUAGAGAUGGCCAUCAAGACUUUGAAGCGGAGGAAGUAG